ACAAAACCUGGCGUGGAUAUUUUGUGCGUUGGGCAAGAAACCCACGGACGAUGACAGCAACAUAAGAAGGAAAACAUUCGUUUCAUCCUUUGUUACCUUACCCGCCAACUCUUACCUGCCAUCAUCGCCAUGUUUCCCAUCAAACAACAAAACAAUCACUACUGCUACAGACACCGACCCGGAUUUCAACGGGCAAACGAUGUGCGAAAGCGUGAGGAGAUGAAUAGGCGUCUUGCAGCUCUACCACAAAAGGACAGAAAUACUGUGUCGCAGUUAUGGUCGCUCUUUGCCGCCACCCAAAACUCUCUUCGACCGCUGAUUCUCGACGGUAUCCUUGACCACUGCUGUCUUCCGCAGCUCUCGUAUAUGUCCAGCGCCCUUGCUCCCUUGGUCAGGAUCGACUUUGUAACCACCGCUCCUACUGAAAUCGCAAUCAGGAUCCUGCAAUACCUUGAUGCAAAGUCCUUGUGUCAUGCAGCACAAGUCAGCAAAGCGUGGAAGAAGGUGGCCGACGAUGAUAUAAUAUGGCACCGCAUGUGUGAACAGCAUAUUGACAAAAAGUGUAAAAAGUGUGGAUGGGGCUUGCCGCUGUUGGACAAGAAGCGCAAAGCGGUUGCAAUGACGGAAGGAUCUGAUAAGAGGCGGAGAACCGACGAAAUGGCGGGCUUGGCGGAUUGCGCAGUGGAACAGCUUUCUCCCAAAGAGCAAGGUGGGUUGCAUUGCGUUGUACAUCAGGAUGUCAGAUAUCAUCAAGGGAACGCGGAGCCAUCGUCUCGACGAAUGUACAAACGGCCAUGGAAGGAGAUUUACGCCGAGCGUCUAGUGGUGGAACGAAACUGGAGACGAGCUAAUUACACGCAGCGCGAGCUAAAAGGGCACACCGACAGUGUGAUGGCCCUUCACUAUGAUGAAUGUCGAUCGCUACUCGUGACAGGAUCCUAUGACUACAGUAUCCGAGUAUGGAACACAGAUACGAUGGAAUGCAUAAAAGUGCUGACGGGACACACUAGAUGUGUACGCGGUAUUCACGUCGACGACUCAAAAAUUAUAUCGGGAUCCAUGGACCGCACCCUCCGAAUAUGGAACCUCAAAACCUUUCAGUGUAUACGAGUACUCGAGGGACACACGGCCGGCGUUGUAUGUCUCCAUUUUAAUGACAAGAUUCUCGCAUCUGGCUCGGUGGAUGGUUCAAUCCGGGUGUGGAAUUUGGGCGCUGGUUGCUGUUUCACACUUUCUGGCCACAGGGAUUGGGUCAACAAAGUACAGAUCAUUGAUAAGACACGGCUGAUCUCUUGUUCGGAUGACGCCACAGUAAAGAUGUGGAACUUAGAGACACGGCAGGAAAUUCGGACCUUCCGCGACCAUGUCGGGCAAGUUCAGGGAAUGCAAGCCAUCAUCCCACACUCUCCACCGCGGCUGGACGGGAUAAGCUAUUCUGGAGGCCUUUUGGUGACAGGCGCGCUGGACAACACGGUCAGAAUAUGGUGCCUCGAAACCGGAGAGUGUCUCAAAAAGCUGUUUGGUCACGUCGAAGGUGUUUGGUGCAUCGGUGUGGACUCAUUGAGGAUUGUUAGUGGUAGUCAAGACAGAAAGGUUAUUGUUUGGGAGUUGGAAGGUGGGAAACAAAUGUAUGAGCUGGGAGGUCAUAACGGGGCUGUCAACUGUUGUCAGCUCACUGACACAAAAAUCAUUACUGGUGGAGAGGACGGAACUAUACGCAUAUGGGAUUUCUUACCCGUCAAUCUUUUUCCGUCGAGGCAGUUGUUAGUGGAGUAA